AAGAACACUUAAAUUUUAAAUGGCUCGCAUCAUUUGAUAAAAAAACAUCGCAUUCAGCUUCUCGUGAAGACUAUGAAUCUGAAGAUGAUGAUGAUGUUCCUAUUUCCUGGAGAAUUAAAAUGCAUGCCAUGUCAUCUGAGAAAUCAUUUUCCUUGCUGAAAAAAGAACUUGCAUUGGUAGAAACCUCAUUUGAGGAAUGCAAAAGGAAAAGGCAAGUAGAAGAGGGGAGACUGCAGUCUAUAAAGAGAGAUGUUGAGGAGUGCUCUAAAGAGCUUGAAAAUAAGAAAAAGGAAAUUAGUUGUGUUGGAAGAAUUAACGAAGUUCACUAGAAAAUGCAGGGGAAAAUUGAAGAAUGUGUCAAAGAUUUUGUAGCAAAGGAAGGACAGCUAUAUUUGAUGGAGGACUUGAUUGGAGGCACAAGCAAGAACUCGAUACAAAAGAGACGGAACUUCGUGAAGUCAUGGAUAACAUUUCAAAACAGAAGAAAUUUGAAAGCCAGAUGAAGGAGCUGGUGAAUGAUUUGUUAUUCAGACAUAACCAUUUUGAAAACCGAACGAAUGAGAUUGAGUCAAAAGAGAAGCAACUUGAUGGCCGAAUGAAGGAGUUAAAGUUAAAAGAGGAUGAAUUUGAAGGCCGGGUGAAGGAGCCCGAAUCUGAAAAGAAGCAUUCUGAGAGCCGACAGAAGGAGCUCGAAGCACAAGAAAAGCAACAUGAAGAACAAAUGAAGGAGUUCCAGUCAAAAGAGGAGGAAUUCAGAGGACACGUGAAGGAGUUUAAAACAAAGAAGAAGCAAUUUGAAGAAAGAUGGAAAGAACUCGAGUUUGGAUUACGUCAUAUAUCCUCUUCACAAGAACAGCUUUUGAAGCGCACUCCCUUCAUUGGAAACACUCUCACCUCACCCUACAAUAACCACUGCCACGAGGUUCACACCACCAACAUCAUCCCCCUAGCGUCCUCCGCUCCCAUCUUCAUCACUUCUCCUCCCACUACCCAGCACAUCCCCCAAGAUGUUUUUCACACUCCGUUGGAAGAAUCGUCACUUCCCUCUUUUGAUAUUGAUGUUACUCGUUGUGUGUUUAAUCAGGCCAUUGUUGAUGUCGACAAUGAGUCUCAAGUGUUUUUUGAUAUGGCUGGGUUUGAGGAUAACGAAGAGUUUAUGGACUUUGCAAAGGAUUCUGAAAGGGACUGCAAACGAGUUCUUUUGUUUUUGGUGUACCGAAAGUUCUUUUGGAGACCACUGAUGAAGAAGAUGGUGUUCUUACUGUGGUCGAAACUGGGAAGCGUGCUGGUAUUACUUUUCCUCGUCCAAGCUGGUGGCCGGACGAUAUGAAAUCCGAAAUCUUCAAUUUUGAUGAUCAGGUCAACAAGUAGAGGUGAUGAAGCUCUUUCCUGAUUGACUUUUUUUGUUUUUUGAGGGCACACUGUGUGACUGUGAUGGAACAUUAUGUUAUAAAAGGGAGGGAAGGGUAGUGAGUAGUUCAUUGAGAAAUAUUGUUAGAGUUGGUUAGAAGAGUUUCUCUCCGGUUAGGAGCACUUUACUCAAGUAGGAGUGUUCACACUCUGGUUUAUCUCUUUCUUUUCUGUUACUCCAUCAUUAGAGAGCUCUUUCAGCUCGUCAUUAUCAUUCAACAAAAUACAGUUUCGGUUCUUGAUUUUACGGGUUCCAUCACAUUGAUGUUGCUUUCAUGGAGGAUUCUCAAUACUGUGUGUGGUUCUUGUACUUCAAUCUGUGUUUGAUACUAACCGAUUAUGUGUGGUUCCAUCACAUUGAUGUUGCUCCACCACCUUCUUCAAAUAACUAAGUUGAGAUAAGAAAAGUUCGUCUUUGUCACGAUUCCUCAAGAUAUCAAUUCCAAGAACUCUCUUUGCCGGACCAAGA